AUGCUCGAAAAUCCCAACAAAUCCACAACUAGUAGCCAAAAUUUUAUGGUAAACAAUGAAAAGAAACCUAUAAAACAUGACAGAAAUGGUCAUUCAGGAGAUGUUGCCAUAUAUUCAAGAACUUGCCUAAAUGUAAUUGAAAUAAGUUUUUCUCAAUUUCAUUCUCGCUUUACCUUUGAACAUUCUGAACAACAAACAGAUCAAUCUCUAGUAGAAUCACAUUUACUCAAAUUAGACCCAAACAAAUCGUUUGGUACAGACUGUGUAAGCCCAUUGGUUCUACAAAAGUGUGCAAAAUCAUUAGCAAAACCUUUAUCGCUUGUAUUUCAACAUUCAAUUGAUCAAUCUGAAUUACCAGAAUCUUGGUUAGAAGCCAAUGUUACUCCAUUAUAUAAAAAAGGCUGCAAAAUUAAUCCAGCAAAUUAUCGUUUAGUCUUCCUUACCUCUGUUACUUGUAAAACUCUGGAGAAAAUAAUUAGAGAUAAAAUUACAAAACGUUUAUCACAUAACAAUCUUAUAUCUUCUUGUCAUUACGGACUUGUUACAAAUAAAUCUAGUGUCACAAAUUUUUUGGAAACUAUGGCCUAUCUAACCUUGGCAAAAUCAAAUAAAAAAUCAACAGAUAUUAUAUUUCUUGACUAUGCUAAAGCUUUUGAUAAGGUACCGCAUAAACCUAUAAUAUUUAAACUAGAAAGAAUUGUUGGUAAACUAUUUUGGAUAAACUCUUUUCUUUCAAAUCGUCGACAACGUAUUGUUAUCGGAGAAGCAAUGUCUGAUUAA